AUGGACCUGAGCGCCGCCGCCGCGCUGUGUCUCUGGCUGCUGAGCGCCUGCCGCCCCCGCGACGGACUGGAAGCUGCCGCGGUGUUGCGGGCGGCGGGGGCUGGGCCGGCCCGGAGCCCGGGGGGCGGCGGCGGCGCCGGCCGCGGCGCGCGGACCCUCGCCCCGGCCGCGGGCAUCCUUGCGGGCCAGGCCCUCGCGGCGGCUCCCGGGGUCCGCGCUGGGCGCCGCGCCUCCGGCUCUGCCUUCAGGAACGGCUCGGUGGUGCCGCACCACUUCAUGAUGUCGCUCUAUCGGAGCCUGGCCGGGAACGCUCCGGCCGGGGUAGCCUCCACCUCGGGCCGGGCCCGUGCGGACACCAUCACCGGCUUCACCGACCAGGCGACCCAAGACGGAUCGACGGCGGAGAACGGCCAGCGUUUCCUGUUUGACGUGUCCAGCCUUCCCGAGGGCGACGAGGUGGUGGGCGCUGAGCUGCGGGUGCUGCGCCGCGAGCCUGGCUUGGGCCGGGCGACUCCCCCGCCGCCGCCGCCGCCGCUGCUGCUGCUGUCCACGUGCCCGGGGGCCGCCCGCCCGCCGCGCCUGCUGCGCUCGCAGGCCGCCGAGCCCCUGGGCAGCGCGCGCUGGGAGGUGUUCGACGUGGCGGACGCCGUGCGGAGCCACCGGCAGGAGCCGCGCGCCAACCGGUCGUUCUGCCUUUUGCUUCGCGCGGAGGUCGGCCCGGAGAGGAGCCCGCGGCCCCUGCGGAAUGCUGGGCUUCGGCUGCGGGCCGGCGGCGACGCGGCGGCGGAAGAGCGCGCGCUGCUUGUCGUCUCCUCCCGCACGCACCGGAAGGAGAGUCUGUUCCGGGAGAUCCGCGCCCAAGCCCGCGCGCUGCGGGAAACCCUCGCCGUCGAACCGCCUCCCGACCCGGGCCCCGACGGCCCUGGAGCGCCCAAGUCAUUCCUCGGAGGUCGCAGGCGGCGGCGGACGGCCGGGACCCGAGCCGCCCCGGGCAGCGGUGGCGGGCGCAGGGGCCGGAGCCGCUGCAGCCGAAAGCCGCUGCACGUGGAUUUCAAGGAGCUGGGCUGGGACGACUGGAUCAUCGCGCCGCUGGACUACGAGGCGUACCACUGCGAGGGCGUCUGCGACUUCCCGCUGCGUUCGCAUCUGGAGCCCACCAACCACGCCAUCAUACAGACCCUGCUCAACUCCAUGGCGCCCGACGCCGCGCCCGCGUCCUGCUGCGUGCCCGCGCGCCUCAGCCCCAUCAGCAUCCUCUACAUCGACGCGGCCAACAACGUGGUCUACAAGCAGUACGAGGACAUGGUGGUGGAGGCCUGCGGCUGCAGGUAG